AUACCCCCUUUCUACAUGACUGGGCCUAAUGGACCGACUGGAAUGUCCUUCGAUGUCGCCAACAUAAUUGCAGACAUGGGCGGCUACACCAUAACCUGGCUCGUCAAAGAGGUCGACAGCCGAAGCAGUUAUUCUUCUCAGAUUUUCAACUUACUCGACUCAAAUGUAAGCCUCACUGGCCGAGAUAACAGUCGUUCUGUGCUUUUGCUUUGA